UGAAACUAUUUACUGAUAGAACAGGUUUCAGCUUUGUUGUACACGACGGCUGCCAUCGAUCAGAGUGAGGAGAAAAAUAAACUUUCGUCAGGUGCUGGUCUUCGGAUUUCAAGUUGAUAUAUCGAGUAACAGCAAUUCCUCGUGAACUAUGCAACCUUCGUUCGGAAACAUGAAAGAAUUUGUCGAAAGCUUCGUCAAGGGUCCCUCAAGGGAUGGGUCAUCUCAAAUGGAGAUCUUGUUGCCAGCAGAGAAAGAAUUCCUUAAUGCCGCUAAAAGCAAUGAUAUCAACACUUUGUCAAGAUGCUUAAAUAUGAAGGUUCAGAUUAAUGUUAAGACUGAAUUGGGUCGCACUGCCUUACAGUAUGCCGUUGCUAACAUGAAUGAAAAUGCUGUUACCUUUCUCCUCAAACACAAUGCAGUGGUGGACAUUAAAGAUAAGUAUGGAAUGAAUGCCUUUCUUCUCGCAGCCUGGUUUGGACACCUGAGUAUUCUGAAAAUGUUGAUUGAGAAAGGUGCUGAUCAAAAAUCCAAAAAUGAGGAAGGAAUGAACGCUUUCCACUGUGCUGCUCAAAACAACCAUAAUUCAGUUGUACAAUAUAUAGUUAAAGAAGCGCAGUUGGAUUUGAACAAGUCCACAGAGAAGGGUAAAAAACCUUAUCACUUGGCAGCUGAAAACGGACAUCUUGAAAUGGUGAAGACUUUGGCUGAGUUUGAAUAUGCUACUCAGGAGAAGGACAAGGAAGGUAACACACCCUUACACCUUGCUGGCAAAAAUGGUCACGCAGCAGUUGUUGAGGAGCUGCUGAGAGAGUGGAAUCUAAUAGAUGAGGAGAAUGAGGAGGGUGAAACCGCUUUUUAUCUGGCUGUUGUAGGAAAUCACCAGGAAUGUGUGCAACUGUUGCUGGAAGCCGGAAGUGACAUUGAUAUUUUACCAAAGACCAAUUUGAGUCCCUUGCACAUUGCAACAGAGAGAGGUGAUACUUCCAUUGCCUCGAUUCUUAUCAAUGCUGGAAUUAAUUGUAACGUUCAAAAUAAUAAAAAGGAAACCCCUCUACAUUUGGCUGUUAAAAACAGACACACCUCAGUUGCGCAACUCCUCGUGGAAUCCAAGUGUGAUGUUAACAUUGUCGAUGAAAGAAACCAGAAUCCAUUGCAUCUGGCAGCUGAGCUCGGAAGAACUGACUUGGUUGAACUGCUCUUGAAAGCGGAUAUUGACUUGAAACAAAAGGAUAAGCAAGGCAAAACUCCACUGGGAGUAGCAGCAAGAGUCAACCAUAUUAUUAUUGUGGAUAUGAUAAUCAAAGCUGAAAGAUACUCUGCAUGGAAAGAGGAAGUCCAGGAUAGCUCUGUAAUUCCACCAAGGAGUUAUCCAUUGUCAUUCAAACCAGAUCACACCACAGAAACGAGCCAGCUCCGUGUGGCCAUAUGGAGUUUGGCAAACCAUCAACUGAAACCAAAAGAUUGGAAGAAACUUGCUGUCCAAUGGAAUUUCACUGAGGAGCAGAUUAAAGGAAUUGGGGAACAAUGGACAGGCUCAAAGAGCUACAGGGAACAUGGCCACAGAAUGUUGUUGAUAUGGUUACAUGGAAUCCUUUUAACUGGCAAGAACCCAGUCAAAGACUUGUACGAAGGUCUAAUUAACAUUGAACAGAGGAACUUAGCUGCUUUCCAGUUCAUGUUUACAUUCCAGUUGCUGAUGUGAUUUUGCAUAUCGAUGGAUGAUAAGAAUGUAAUAAAAGAUCAGGAAGGAAAUUAAUGGUGUACAAUCUCCACAGAAGUGCUCAAUUUCCUAAAGCUUGUAUCUACUAAUUUGGACCCAUUGAUUUUGCUGCUCAGGUGGACUGAAAGGAAACAAACAGGGCUGAUUUAUAUGAAAUGUUAAAGUAAGUCAAUACUCUCCUGAGCCAAAUAAAGUAUACAACAUGGUGACUAUUUACUGCAAAUACAAAAGGAUGCCAUUUCAGUGUAGUUGGAAAUUUGACGCAUCAUUAUUAUUUGGUGCCGCUUCUUUGAAAGGCAGAAUGACAUUGAUGAAAAGGAAGGAGACACAGAGCCCCGGAUGAAACAGUGAAGGCAAAACUAUGAACAUUGAAUUACGAAAACAGAAAAUACGUGGAGGACUAGUAUUUUACUCCCCCUAGAUGAAUCAGCUAGAUUAAAGGACUGUCUGCUUUGAAAUAUGGUGUGAAGAUGAGAAAUUCAAAACAUCCAGCUGUGCUAAACUUCUACAUCACUCUUGUUUUAAUACACCUCAAAUUUACAACUUAGAUGAAGUUUUUAUGGUUUACAGGGCUGUGUCAAAUUUUAUUUAACAUUCACAUGAGGUGCCUCAAGAUA